GUGCAGACACGUUCGGCGUGCUACGCAGUUUGAUUAUCCGCAGCAAGGGGCAUGUUUGCCCCCCCCGCCUUGUCCUUUCAAUCUUUUUUUUUUUUUUUUCGUGAUGCGCCUCAUCAUGUGCACGCUCGUGCAUGCGGGUGCGCUCCGCGCCGCAUGUGCCACGACCCCGCGCACGGGAUGUGCCGCAGAGGAGGGGGGGGGGGGGGAAAGAGGAGGAGGAGGAGGAGGAGGAGGAGGAGGAUGGCGAGGAGGAGGACGAAGAAGAGGAGGAGGAGGAGGAGGAGGAGGAGGAUGACGAGGAGGAGGAAGAAGAAGAGGAAGAGGAGGACGAGGAUGGCGAGAGGGAGGAAGACGAACAAGAGGUGGACAAGGACAUGGAGGAGAGGGAGGAGGAAGAGGCAAAAAAGGGGUGACAGGAGGAGGAAGCCGAGUGAGGGGAGCGGGAGGCAGGCAGUUUCGCCUCGACCAUCCUCAACCGCUGCCCAUCCCCCGAACCCUUUAUUUUUAUUUAUUUUUCAAUCAAUUAAUCAAUCAAUC